AUGAGAGCUGGAUUACAUUCAUGCAGGUCGACAGCGGCUCAUGUUCAAACACGUGCAGUCGCUGUGCCUGGCGCUGCAGCAUUAGCAGUUAGACCCCAUCCAGUUAGUGGCCAAGCUCAGGCCUUAGUUGUUUGCCAUAUCGGGGUAUGCCCUCUUCACUUGAACGACGCAUGUGAUUAUGUGCGCCUCGAACCCCCGCUGGCGCUGCGUAAUCAACAUGCAUCAAAAUUCAAUCUUCGAAACGUACACGAUGCGGCGUAUGAUAGCCACAGCGGACUGGUGCUCUUUGCGCAUGGCACCAGCAUUUACGGCAUGGACUCCACCAACCGUGUCGCACAGCUGGCAGGCGAUGAUGAGGGAGGAUUAUUAUUUGAUGGUAUUGCUGCUGAAGCGCGCUUUAUCGGCGCGCAGCGGAUUGCAGCGGACGGCCAUGGCGUGACCUACAUCCGCGACCGUGACUCCGGUUCACGCAACGGUUUCUGCCUGAGAGCGCUUUAUGAAGCCACCAUGCCAAAUAGCUUAAUUGGAUGUGGCGUGCGCGCUGUUGUCUCCGUGAACACUGGAGGCGACAUGGGCCCACAUGUUCUAACCUACGACAGUUGGCGCCGCACCCUUUUGUUUGCGACGCGUGGACGGGCCAUUCAUCAGCUGCUGUCGUACGGAAUAACCGAGGAGCUUGUCGGCACGGAUGAGCCAGCCGCUCCUUACGGCGUGGGCGCCGCGGCGGCCGCCGCGUCCUCCAGCUUCGACAGCUCCCAGGAUGCCACUGUGUACGGAGACCUUAACCGAAACGGUCUAACGGCCGUGGCAGCGGCGACGGCAGUAACGGCAACGCAGCUGCUGCCGCCGUCUCCAGACUGUAAGGCGCCCCUGACAAACGUACAGGCGCUGGCUGCCGACGGAUCGAGUGGAAAUGUAUAUUUUCUUGACGGUACGACUGGGUCCAAAACCAUGCUGCGUGUGCUGCGGCCCAACGGUAGCCUGGAGACUUUGGAGGAGCAACUCCGAAUAGGGCCGUCAGGCAAUUCCCGUUGGCCGCGCCUGGCUGUGUUGCCGUACGGUUACCUGGCCGUGUACGGCACGUCAAGUCACGAAAUGAUGCUCCUCAAACUUUGA